CUCUGUCUGAACAGCGAUAUUUCAGAAUGAGGAGAGCUGCAGUUUUUCUGGCGUUGCUGCUCUGUCUGCUCUGGACGGGGACUCAGGGUGAGGAUGAAGGGGGGACAGGGAAGAAAGAGGGAGAGUUUGAUAUCCAAGGAGCCCACGAUCAGAGCAGCAGUCAGACCCAGAUGAGAACUGACAUCUUGGCUGAGCUGAAGGAGCUCAGAGACAUUGCAAUUGAACACAGGAUCAAGAUCCAGAGGCUGGAGCAAGACAACACAGCCACACAGGUCAGACUGACAGCCAGCGAGAGCAAGAAUGCAGUUCUAGAGACCAAGAUGAGCUCCAGUGAGAAGGAGGUGGAGGAGGUGAAGAGAGAGAACGCAGCCACACAGGUCAGACUGACAGCCAGCGAGAGCAAGAAUGCAGUUCUAGAGACCAAGAUGAGUUCCAGUGAGAAGGAGGUGGAGGAGGUGAAGAGAGAGAACGCAGCUUUAGAGGCUAGAAUGAGCUCCAGUGAAAAGGAGGUGGAGGAGGUGAAGAGAGAGAACGCAGCCACACAGGUCAGACUGACAGCCAGCGAGAGCAAGAAUGCAGUUCUAGAGACCAAGAUGAGCUCCAGUGAGAAGGAGGUGGAGGAGGUGAAGAGAGAGAACGCAGCUCUAGAGGCCAAGAUGAUUCUCAGUGAAAAGGAGGUGCAGGAGCUGAAGAUAGACACUGCAGUUUCAGAGGCCAGGUUGAACUUCAGUGAGAAGCAGGUGCAGGAGCUCCAGAGAGUGAACGCAGCUUUAGAGGCUAGAAUGAGCUCCAGUGAAAAGGAGGUGGAGGAGGUAAAGAGAGAGAACGCAGAUCUUCUGGCUCGAGUCACAGCAAGUGAGAAGAAGAGCACAGCUUUUGAGGCCAGGAUGAGCUCCAGUGAAAAGGAGGUGGAGGAGCUCCAGAGAGAGAACGCAGAUCUUCUGGCUCGAGUCACAGCAAGUGAGAAGAAGAGCACAGCUUUAGAGGCCAGGAUGAGCUCCAGUGAAAAGGAGGUGGAGGAGCUCCAGAGAGAGAACGCAGACCGUCCUCAGGUGGCGUUCUCAGCCGGUCUCACUGAUGCAGGAGGAGUCGGACCCUUCACCACUGAUAUCACACUGAAGUACAGUAAAGUCUUCACCAAUAUCGGCCAGGCCUACAGCCCAACGACAGGUAUCUUCAGAGCCCCCGUCAGAGGAGUCUACUACUUCAGAUUCAACGAGUGGGAGCACCGUUCAGCUUGGACCGCUGUUAAACUCUUUCACAACGACAAGAUGAAGAUGGGGAUUUAUGAUUACCAUGAUGGCGGUGGCUAUAUCUCUACGUCUAACUCAAUACUUCUUCAGCUGGAGGAGGGAGAUGUUGUCUACAUCGUUCUGCCCACCAGCUUCAGCGUUUAUGAUGAUUCGAAUAAUCGCAUCAUUUUCAGUGGAUUUCUACUCUUUCCUCAGUGAAGCCCACUGUAAAACACCCACUGCAUUAAGUUUCAACAUUACAUAUUAAUAAAUAAGUGUGUUG